UACCGCACAACUAGAAAAACUUACUUGUAAGUAAGGCAAUAUUUAGCCUUCGUAGUAGAAACAGAUUUAUGACUUUGCUCUGUCUCAUUUGAUGCAUUUGUCUUCCUAUCCCCUGCUAACUUUGAGCCCUUUGACCAAAUUCAGCCAAAUUUAAUAGAAGAGCAGAGGUCUCAAAAAUUCCUGUAGGUUUCAGGAAAAUGAGCAGCCGAGGGAAGUCCCACUGGCGUCCCCACCAAGAGAAAGGCUGCAGCGUGACAUCCACCCAAAUUGGACACUACCUGCGAGGAAGAAAUUAUAAAUGCCUCUCUCCCCAGGAAAAGCUCACAUCCCAUUUAGAUACUAGAGAAUCCAACCCUGAGGAAACAGGGCCUCAUUAGUGUCAUUGCCCGAGGAACUACUUAAUUAAAGGACAACAGAGUUGAGAGCAUUGUUAUGUAGGCCUUUGUUCCUUACACCUGGUCAUUUCCAUUGAUGUAAAAUGUCAUCUUUCUGAUCUAGUAGCAUUUUGCACCCACUUUAGACAAGUAUUCCUGACCAGCCAAGGAGGUGCAGAGCAGGGAAGAAUCCGACCUUUAUUACUGAGGUAAUUAUAGCCUCACCUAACCAUCAGGUGGAGGGUGUACACCUCUAUUAGCCAGUGCUCCCACAAAGAGAACAAAGGCUGGCUGGAAAGUGGGAGCCACCCAGGGAGCAUCCCUGUGUCCAGCUACACCACUCUCAGGCGGCAGACAUGCUGGGGAGGUCAUGACCACAAGCUCCCGCAUCGCCCAGUCUCCUGCUUGUUUUCCUGGUUUUAAAUCCAACUUGACUUAGCAAUACUGGUGAAGGCCAUGAGAUGGGGAGACUAAAACAGGGAACAGUACCAUAACCGAGGGAGUCGGCUCUCAGUUAAAAUGCUAAAGGAGGUAGGGGGUAGCGUUCAAAGCUUGUCUCAGCAACUAGUCUAAUUCUGCUUUCAAAAGCCACUGUUGAGUGCUUUUGAAAAUUUUAUCCUAGAUGCUUGGCUCAAAGACCUUAACCAAAGAUUUUUUUUUCCCUCUACCUGUUAUAUGAAAGCUAAAUAUAAACUGACGCUAUUGAACGAAACCCUAACAAAACCCCUGUUGCAGCUCUAGAAAAAUCUUUACUCGGAAAAUCAAAUUAUUGGAGACCAGCAUCUAAAGUGUCCUUCAGUUUUGGAUGCCUCUUGUUUUGUGUACACAAUUUGGCAUACAAGGAAAAAAGUUGUUUCUAACAGCAAAUAUUUACUUUCUCUUCUUUUUAUCUUCUCCUAUUUGCCUUUUGUUCUCCUGCUCCCAUAAAAUCACAACCUGAGUGUCUCUGGAUGGGUAGCUAAAGCUGCUUUUGAAAAUGUGGAUUAGCCUAUUUUACCCAUACAAGUAUGUGCAGAUGUGUCUGCUGUUCUUCUGAAGAGCGUCUUAAUGACUUUUCCGCUGAUUGCUGUGAGACCACAGGCAAGUCAUAAAGCUAGCCUGUGCCUCAGUUUACCCACUGCAACUUCAAUAAUGCUAACCUACCUCACGAGGUGUUGUAAUGUUUAAUAUAUUACGUGCUCUGUAAUCCUUGGAUUAAACGUAUUAUGUAAGUGAAAAGCACCCAUUUGAUGUGUAUGUAAAUGCUGCAGUAUUAUAGGUAGGAGGGUCAUUUGGGUGUAAGUGUAAUACAAGCGUUGGCAAAAGGCAAAAGGGAUUCCAUUGUAUUGACUUAUUUUUAAAGGGCUUUUUAUUUACUGAAAUGCUCUGGACACACUGAAAGAGAGACAUUCCUCACUAAGCAGCUCUGCUGUUUCAUCUGUCUUGAAGUGCUUUGAUAAAUGGAUUGAAACUUGUCAGCUUUUCCUGUAGUUCCUGAGACUCCCUCUGGAAACUCUGUUGAAAUGUUAUUAUUGUAACUUCUUAGAGCACUACUUAAUGAAUUGUAACAGAUAUCCCUGUGAGUCCCGCAGAGACCAUGAGGACUCCUGUGCGUCCUCUCCUUCUGCAGCAGAAGCAAACCAGUGCCAUGCAAACGCAUGGCAGCAGAACCCAUGUCCUCUUCCACCAACAUCAGUUGAUCUCUCACCAGGGAAAAUGCUUCUUACUUUCAUAAUGCUUCAGCCCAAGCCUUGUGUUCUGGCAGGGUGAUCCUUGGGGCUUCAGUGACAUCAAACAUAGCCACAUGUCCCCUGGGGUUAGAGAUGAACUUGUCUUUUAAGAAGAAACCUUAGAAAGGACAACAAACUAGCAUGGGUUUAAGUCUCUGUUGGUUGAUUUCCUCUGUUUCUAGAAUGAGAUAUUUUAGCUUACCUGCAGUGCCUGUGCUAUCCUGAAGAUACCCAAGAUUGGUUACUUGGGUGUCUGUGGACAGUCUGAACUUGUGCUGCCCACAGGUUCACAGGCUCCUGCCCUCGGAGCAGCUUUUUCUCAGGCAACAGUUACAUGAUGUUACCACAUGGGCAGAUGAGAUGGAUGGAGCAGUAAACAUAGCACCUCUUCUGGAGCACAGCAAUGACCCAGCAGAGCCAUUAGGUCUGCUGACCACCCACUGCUGAGAGAGUGGUUAAGGUGCCUGACAAGGACAUAUAUAUGUAGUGUGGAGCUGCAGUGGAUCUAGAGGGUGGAAAGAAGUUGUAGAAUCACAGAAUCACAGAAUGGUUUGGGUUGGAAGGGACCUUAAAGAUCAUCUAGUUCCAACCCCUCUGCCUGGACACCUUCCACUAGACCAGGUUGGUAAAAGCCCUGUGCAAUCUGGUCUUGAACACUGUCAGGAAUGGGGUCAAGGUCCCUCUGGAUGGCAUCCCGUCCCUCCAGCAUGUCAGCCACACCACACAGCUUGGUGUCAUUGGCAAACUUGCUGAGGGUGCACUCAAUCCCACUGUCCAUGUUGCCAACAAAGAUGUUGAGCAGCACCGGUCCCAAUACCAACCACUGAGGGACACCACUCAUCACUAAUCUUCACUUGAACAUCAAGUCAUUGACUACAGCUCUGUGAGUGUGACCAUCCAGCCGAUUCCUUAUCCACCAAGUGCUCCAUCCAUCAAAUCCAUUUCUCUCCAGUUUAGAGACAAGGAUGUCGUGCUCAGCAGUGUCAAAUACUUUGCACAAGUCCAGGUAGGUGACAUCAGUUGCACUUCCCUUACCCACCAACACUGAAACUCCAUCAUAGAAGACCACCAAAUUUGUCAGGUAAGAUUUGCCCACAGUGAAACCAUCCUGGGGUCACUUUGGACCCCAGUAAUGUUGUACCCUCUUGCAUCCCACAGUGGAGCAAUGGGAUGCCAUGGUGACUUCAUAUUUCCUACCUCCAAUCUAUUCAAAAGCAUCUCACUCCUCCUCUGCUCCCUCUGAAGCAGUGGGGGGUAUGACUGGUGAUACACUUGGCUGGGUGGCUUGAUUGCGCUGGGUAGGCUCGAAGAUCCUAGUCCUGAUGCAAUGGUCACUUAAGACUUUAAAAGUUUUUUGGUGCUUGGUUAUUUUGAGUUUUUUUUAAUGAUGUUCUGCGUGCAGUAGAUAGCGCUGGCCAUCUCCAGCUUGAAAAAUAAAGAGUGUGCCCUCCCCUUGCCUCCAAAUAUGAAGUUAAGCCAUCCUGAGUAAUGUACUCAGACAGGAGGGGAAUUUUGGAGGAGCUCUUGGUCCGUGUGGUGUCGGAGCAGCACUACGAAGCGGCUGGGUAUGGUUCAUGUCUCCAUAGUGAGGCCUUCAUAGGGGUGCCUCCAUUACCAUCAGCACAUUGAGGCCAUAUUUGAUUUUUCUCAGCCUUUUAUUUCACUUUUUAUUAAUAUUUUGCAUAUUAAAAUUUGUGUAGACAGCCAGAAGAGAGCAGCAUCUACACAAUACUUGGCACAAUGGAGAGGAUUAGGAAUCAGUGGCUCAGUUCUUUGGGACCUGAACUGGGGGGCUGCGGGAGUGAUGAUAAAAUGUUCUUUCUUUAUGCUUCAUUUUAAAAUUACUUCUAAUUUCUUUCUGUGUAUCCUCACUAAAAUACGAUCUAUGUCCAAUACUGAUUUGUGGUCUCAGCAGAUAGUUUCCAAAAAUUAGAGAAAACCAGGGCUACCUUGGUCUUUUUGCUGAGCUGUUCAUAUUUGCUUUUCAAGUUUCUUCUCUCUUCCCAACCGGCACAAAACCUAAAAAACUGCACAUACCUUGGUACAGUGGUGCCGAAAUAGGAUAUUAUUUUCAAAAUAACAAGUAGUGAUUUGGGAUUUUUCUGGCAUUUCAGCUGCCCUUGCAUGAAAUUCUUCCAAUAGUUUCAUUCACAGUAGGAAUGCUCUGGAAAUCAAACUUACUCAAGUUGCCUCUGUUUAUUUCUCCCAAGGUGAAAUUAUCCAUGUCCUCUUGUCCCACGUGAGAUCCUGGAGGAAACUGCACACACACAUUGACACAUCUUUGGUGCAUUCCACACGAGCCAGUGAAAUUACACCAGAAAUAUGAAUUUAGCCCACACAGCGUGUGUGCGCUGUGCUGUCCAUACAGGGUACACACACACACACAUGCCCCAGCGAACGCUCCCAUUUACAUUUCAGAAUAAGCCAUUCAAGACACUGCUGUGUGAUUCACUUCAUGACUCUGCCCUGUAUACAUUCCUUGAAAACAAAUGGGUAUCCUGUGAAUUUCACCACUUUGCAAAAAUAUUUGACAUGGGUUUAGUUGGUUUUAAUAUUGAGGGUUUUGAAAUCUCAGUAAUUGUCAUGAUUACUGUGUGCAAUAGAAAUUAGAAGGAAGCCAGGGUUUUGGCUUUGAAGCUACCUACUUCUAAGAGUACAUUUUCUUUAAGUUUUCUUUUUAAGGUGCUUCUUCUUCAUGCCCCAGCUAAACUUUCCCCAGAUUAUGUGUUAGCUAUGAUAGCUGUUCUAUAGUUAGAUUUUAAUCAGCCUCAGUACACAGUAAUGUUAAACACUGAAAGAGCUACUAAUUAAUCGCCUUUCUGUAUGUAACAGAGAGAUAAAUAUCCAUCCCAGAGGAAUUAUAAUUUCAUGGUUUCUAAUGAUGGUUAGAUUACAUUAUCUGGAUCACUUAGGCUGUGGGUGUCAUAAAAAAUGCUCAAAGUCAUUUAUAUUCAGUUUAAAUUUUUUUUUUAACUUUGUAAGCCUGAGAAAAUAAUGCGGUGUUAGCAAGUCUGUUUCAUAUUUUAGUUAAAUAUACCUUUGUUGCACUGACUGAAUGGAUUCAGAUGACAGUGACAAACUCAGUUCUUUUCUGUUUAACAUGCACCCUCUGCAAUCGAAUUAACGAUGUACAAAUCUUCAUCGGGCUUCUGCAGAAGAGUCUGUUGAGUUCCUCGGUGUUGUUGAGCUUUGGGGAAAGGUUUUCUUUUCGGAUGUCUGUUUGCAAUGUGUGUUUUCUGCUAAUUCUUUUAUGCUCUGUGAAGUCUCAGUCGUCUGUCUUGAGCCAAGAAUUAACUGGACUUUUGGGUUGUAUCAGGCUGUGGCUCAAAUAAAUUAAUACAAUCCGA